AUGAAUGUACAACAGCUGAUGUCCAGCCCCCCUGCUAGUUUCAGCCACGUUGAUGCAUCACAGAUUACCUUUCAUAUUCAUGUUGAUGUUGAAUUGGAGUGUAUUUAUGCAGCCAGUCACUCACACAGUCACUCACUCAGUCACUCACUCAGUCACUCACUCAGUCACUCACUCAGUCACAGUCAGUCACUCACUCACUCACUCAGCCAGUCAGUCAGCCAGCCAGCCAGUCUGUCAGUCAGCCAGUCAGCCAGUCAGUCAGCCAGUCAGUCAGCCAGUCAGCCAGCCAGCCAGUCAGCCAGUCAGCCAGCCAGCCAGUCAGUCAGCCAGCCAGCCAGUCAGCCAGUCAGCCAGUCAGCCAGUCAGUCAGCCAGUCUGUCAGUCAGUCAGCCAGCCAGCCAGUCAGCCAGUCAGCCAGUCAGCCAGUCAGUCAGCCAGUCAGUCAGCCAGUCAGCCAGCCAGUCAGCCAGUCAGUCAGUCAGUCAGCCAGCCAGCCAGUCAGCCAGUCAGCCAGUCAGCCAGUCAGUCAGCCAGUCAGCCAGUCAGCCAGUCAGUCAGUCAGCCAGCCAGUCAGUCAGCCAGCCAGCCAGCCAGCCAGCCAGCCAGCCAGUCAGCCAGCCAGCCAGUCAGCCAGUCAGCCAGUUAGCCAGUCAGCCAGCCGGUCAGCCAGUCAGCCAGUCAGCCAGUCAGCCAGUCAGUCAGCCAGCCAGCCAGUCAGCCAGUCAGUCAGCCAGUCAGCCAGUCAGUCAGCCAGCCAGCCAGUCAGCCAGUCAGCCAGCCAGCCAGCCAGUCAGCCAGUCAGCCAGCCAGUCAGUCAGCCAGUCAGCCAGUCAGUCAGCCAGUCAGCCAGUCAGUCAGCCAGUCAGUCAGUCAGUCAGUCAGCCAGUCAGUCAGCCAGUCAGUCAGCCAGUCUACACCAUCCUCUAGGUCCAUUAGAACAGAAUGUGUCCAGUCAGUUAGCGAUGAGGACACGGACUGGAAGGACGUUGGAUUUGAAGAGGAAGUUGUAAAUUAGGCUUAAUGCUUUUCUCUGUCUGACUGCUCUGUGGUGGCUGAGGAUUAGUUAUACUGUCACUGGCAGAACAACACACACACACACACACACACACACACACACACACACACACACACACACACACACACACACACACACACACACACACACACACACACACACACACACACAGACACCCUCCUCAAACAUCCUCCUCACACACCCUGUUGACACACUGUACAGACGAGCCCCUUUAACUUAUUAAAUUAUUGAUGAUUAUUGAUGAUGCUGUUUUAUUUAUUGAUGUAUUUAUUGAUAAGCUCCUCCUCCGCACGGUGGUCAUGUUGUUGUUUAUCCACCCCCCCCCCUCCUCCCAACAACAACAACAACAACAACAGUACUGGCCCCUCCUUACCACAGAACCAUCUCUAUUGCCUUUUCCACAGUCUCCUUAACAUGAGGAUGGAACCAUGAGAAUGGAACCAUGAGGAUGGAACCAUGAGGGUAGAACCAUGAGGAUGGAACCAUGAGGAUGGAACCAUGAGGGUAGAACCAUGAGGAUGGAACCAUGGGAAUGGAACCAUGAGGAUGGAACCAUGAGGAUGGAACCAUGAGGGUAGAACCAUGAGGAUGGAACCAUGAGAAUGGAACCAUGAGAAUGGAACCAUGAGGAUGGAACCAUGAGGGUAGAACCAUGAGGAUGGAACCAUGGGAAUGGAACCAUUAGGAUGGAACCAUGAGGGUGGAACCAUGAGGAUGGAACCAUGGGAAUGGAACCAUGAGGAUGGAACAAUGAGGGUGGAACCAUGAGAAUGGAACCAUGAGAAUGGAACCAUGGGAAUGGAACCAUGGGAAUGGAACCAUGAGGGUAGAACCAUGAGGAUGGAACCAUGGGAAUGGAACCAUGAGGAUGGAACCAUGAGGGUAGAACCAUGAGAAUGGAACCAUGAGAAUGGAACCAUGAGAAUGGAACCAUGAGGAUGGAACCAUGAGAAUGGAACCAUGGGAAUGGAACCAUGGGAAUGGAACCAUGAGAAUGGAACCAUGAGAGUGGAACCAUGAGGAUGGAACCAUGAGGAUGGAACCAUGAGGAUGGAACCAUGAGGGUGGAACCAUGAGGAUGGAACCAUGAGAGUGGAACCAUGAGGGUGGAACCAUGAGGAUGGAACCAUGAGGGUGGAACCAUGAGAAUGGAACCAUGAGGGUGGAACCAUGAGAAUGGAACCAUGAGGGUGGAACCAUGAGGAUGGAACCAUGAGGAUGGAACCAUGAGAGUGGAACCAUGAGGGUGGAACCAUGAGGAUGGAACCAUGAGAGUGGAACCAUGAGGAUGGAACCAUGAGGGUGGAACCAUGAGGAUGGAACAAUGAGGGUGGUACCAAGGGAAUGGAACCAUGAUGAUGGAACCAUGAGGCAGCCUGAGGUUAGAUCUUCAACACUACUGACCAAACACCAUCACUCUGGCCCCAGCAUGUGUGUGCUAACGUGUGUGUGUGUGUGUGUGUGUGUGUGUGUGUGUGUGUGUGUGUGUGUGUGUGUGUGUGUGUGUGUGUGUGUGUGUGUGUGUGUGUGUGUGUGUGUGUGUGUGUGUGUGUGUGUGUGUGUGUGUGUGUGUGUGUGUGUGUGUGUGUGUGUGUGUGUGUGUGUGUGUGUGUGUGUGUGUGUGUGUGUGUGUGUCUAAGAAACAACUUCCUGCUAUGAAAAAGGGUGAAAGGUCACGAACCGCGGUUUGGGCAGAAAUGGAAGUGUUGGCUCCUUCCUGCUAUGAAAAAGGGUGAAAAGGUCACAAACCCCGGUUUGGGCAGAAUAGAAGUGUUGGUUCCUAUUAUUUACGUUACCAUGUGGGUCUGUGUUUUUUAUAACUACUAGAACCCGUGGAACCGUCUAGACUUGUUGUUUCCUUGUGGAACAGGAUUAUUGUUGUUAUUGUUGUUAUUGUUGUUGUUGUUGUUGUUGUUAUUGUGCAUCUGAUCAUCUAUUACUCUAAAUGACGACGAGCAAUAAAGUUGAGAUCCUUUUUUAAAAAUAUAUAUAUUGCAUGUUUUACUAAAAAAAAGGUUGAUCUUAGUCAAUAAAAAGAGUUUUUAAGACA